AUUUCUUCUUCUUCUCAUCCUUCUUUCUCUAGAUUUGUAUUGUUUGGAUUUUAAAGUUCAGAUCUGGAAUCGUAUGAGCUCUAAAAGAGGUUUUCUGAUUGCGAAUUCGCUUUGUUUUUUUUUUUUAAAUUGAUUUUUUUUCAUUGGGAUGAGAAGAUUUUGAUUAAGAGGGUAGAAUAGAUCGCUUGUGAGAUAGAAGAUAGCAUGACGGGUCUGAAGCCGUGGCUAAAUCUAAAUCUCAAAGUCUCUGUUUUUUUUUUUUUUUUAGAUUUGAUAGAGAGUUUCUGGUGAAUCCUUUGGAUUUGUAUGUUAGAUCUCAAGUCCUGUAGGUUGACGGCUUAGAAUAAAAGAGGAAGAAGAGGAUAACGUAAUAAUUAGCCCAAAGUCCCAACCUUUUGAAUAGAUUUUUGACAAAAAAAAACGAGCUACCACAACCUUAUCAUGCCUUCUAAAAGUUAGCUUCUGGUUUGAAUGGAGGAAGAUAGGGUGAACAAUUGACUCUCAAGUUAUGAUUGAGUCAUGUGAUUGCCUGCUAGGAAAAGGUUAAUGAGCUAAAUCUAUUUAUGACUUAAAUUUUGCUGCAGACAGAUCCGCUCUCCACCUUUUGGUGAGAUGCCUCAUCUAGCAGAUGUACCGGCUACUACCAUGACUGAACAAGCUGCUGGAGGAUUCAACAUUCGCACUUCUAUGAGUGGUAAAUAUCAAAAGCCUAUUCAUCCGACCAUUGAUUUUUCCUGGAUGGGUUCGUCUUGGACUUGCAGGAAACGGCGUAGGCAUUAUCCGUCUUUCUCCCGGAACGGUGUCAAAGUCUCGGUGAAUGAUUUUGUGUAUGUUUUAGCGGAGCAAAACAAGAGACUCGUCGCGUACUUGGAAGACCUUUAUGAGGAUUCCAAAGGCAACAAGAUGGUCGUGGUACGAUGGUUUCACAAAACUGAUGAAGUUGGUGUUGUUUUGUCUGAUGAAACUGUUGACAGAGAGAUUUUCUUUUCUCUUUGUCUUCAAGAUAUCAAAAUCGAAUGCAUAGAUGGAUUGGCCACUGUCCUCAGUCCUCAGCAUUAUGAUAAAUUUCUCAAGUUGCUAAUGUCUGUUCAGCUACCACCUUUCUUCUGCCAGAAAAUAUAUGGAGAUGAUGGUUUAAAGCCGUAUGACAUCACGCAGUUACAAGGCUACUGGAGACAAGAAAUGCUAAGAUACUUGAAUGUUUCCAAUUUUAAGUCGGGUGAAGGUGCUCAGGCACUUGGCACUGAUCCAGCAACAGGAGCUUCUCUUAUUGGUUGUGUUGGAAUUAGAUCCAAACGGCGUCGUUCUGCAGAUGAAUGCAUAGCUAGCCCGGAUUCUGUUGACGUGGACGCUUCAAACGCUUCUAUGUGCAAGGAAGAAAAAGAUGGUUAUUACAUCAAAAAGGGUUCUCUGGUUGAAGUUCUUUCCCAAGAUAGUGGCAUCAGAGGUUGUUGGUUGAAGGCUUUGAUAGUGAAGAAACAUAAGGACAAGGUUAAGGUCCAGUACCAAUACAUUAAGGAUGCAGAUGAUGAAUCUAAAAAGCUAGAGGAGUGGAUUUUGGCAUCUCGUGUUGCUGAUAGUGAUCAACUGGGUCUUAGAACCGCAGGACGGAAGAUAGUACGCCCAGUUCUGAAGCCCAGCAACGAAAUUAAUGUAUGUGCUGUCGGUGUUGGUAUGCCUGUGGAUGUGUGGUGGUGUGAUGGGUGGUGGGAAGGGAUCGUGGUGGAUAAAGUUUCAGAAGAGAAAUUUGAAGUUUACCUGCCAGGUGAAAAGAAAAUGUCUUCCUUCCACCGCAGUGAUCUUAGGCAGUCUAUGGAAUGGUCGGCAGAUGAGUGGGUACACAUGAAUUCAAGAUCUGAUAUCGUGAAUUCUGUCCUAUCCUUGAUGAGGGAGAAAGAGGUCGAGGUGAAACAUGAUGAGAAGCUAUCUGAAAUUGGUGUUGGUGUGAUGUCUCCAAAGGGUGAAGCUAAACCCACCAUCUUUCUCCCGGUAUCUACAUCCAGUAAGCCAUCUACUAAGAAGCCAGUUCCAGAUCUUCUAAAAGACGUCUUAGUCUCUGCUUUAAACUGGGAGCCAUCGAAGAAGCGGAAAAGAACUGCCAGCUACUGCAAACACAAGCCUAGCGCUACUGAAGGUUUGUCAUGUGAAAGAUCUUUGGAUUGUAAGAAGUGCAGUUCCAUGGGAGAUUCUCUGUUCAGCUCUUCCGUUGUCGGCCGGAGGAAGCGUAAUCGAAUUGUCAGUUGCUGUCCGCACAAGCCUAGCUUGACUGAUGGUUUCUCAUGUGAAAAGCCCUUGGACUGUGAGAAUGGCAAGUUCAUGGGAGACUCUGUGUUUGGCUCUUCGGUGGGGCAGCCUUUGACUGGCCUAGUAAUGUCAAGAUGAUGAUCAGCUUUGGGGAUUGGAGUGUGUGUUUCGUCUUGUGAGGUACAUAUGGGCGCAUUUGCUUAAUGCGGUGAUGGUGUUGGGAUUUUAGAUUAUUGUGACUCGCAAGAUUUUCUUUUGGGAUUUUAUAGGUUCUUAGCUCGUCAUGGCAUCCAAAUUCGUUUGUGUAUGUGUAACAGUAGGCAUUAGAGCUUUCAAUACAAGCUGCAAGUUUUGGGUGCAAUAGAAGGUAGGUAAUGGCAUUACCUCGCUAGGUGUUUUAGACGCUAAACAGUGUUUUUUCUUAGAAUUAAUUUUAUCUUUUUCUUUCUUUUGCAUAGAGAACUGAUUUGUUUUUCUUUUCUGGUGUGGUGGGAUCUUUCGUUUCAUGUAAACUAUGUAUUAUCAAAUAAAACCAAAUCUCUUUUACCUUGA